CUACCAUCAAAGCAGCUGGCUCUCUGCCGUUUCCACUGGCCACUGCAAGGAGAGGCAGCUAGUUUGACCACCGUUCCCCACACUAUCUCACCGGGAGUUUCUCGCCGGAUCGAGCACCGUCUUCCUGCCGCGCGCGGAGUUCACCGGAACCGGAUCCGGCGGAGGGAAGCACGGCUGCCAUUGCUCGCCGCCGUCUCCCAGGGUAAACCCGUCUCUCAUUCCUCGCCAACUUGUUCCCUUGAUUGAAUCCGGCCGCCGAAACCGCCGGCGCAGCGCUCCGUCUUGGGGAGUUUCUUACGGCUGCCGCUUCUCCUUUCAGGUGACCCGAACCCGAUGCGACGGAGCAGGAUGCCGGACAGGAGAGGCGCGGCCGUGAUCGACGACCUGCCCGACGACAUCAUCUUCGGCAAGAUCCUCAUCACGCUGCCGCCCAAGGACAUCGGGCGCUGCCGCAUGGUCCGCACGUCGUGGCGCAGCGCCACAUUCACGCCGGAAUUCAUGGCCGAGUACCGCCGCCGGCAGCCGAGUACCGCCGCGCAGUUUCGUCACCCUCCGUGACGCUGCUGCCGCCGGAGCCACCAGCCAGCAGAUCUGGCCCUUCCUCUGCAGUUGCCGUAAAUCUUGCUGCGAGAUUCGCCUCCAUGCCUCCAGCGACGGCUUCCUCAUCGUCUAGCGGGGAGACCGGUUCUACAUCUGCAACCCGACCACCCGCAAGCACGCUCACCUGCCAUUUCCCCGCCCUCCUCUGCCGCGCUCCUCCAGCAUCAAUCACAUCUGCAUACACGGCCUCUACCAGCACAAAUCAACCAGGAAAUACAGGCUGCUCUUGUCCCAUAUUGACAAGAAAGAAGCCACAUUGUACGUCCUCACCGUGGGAGCCAACGAGUCGAGGAGCAUCCAAGUCGUCAUGCCAACACUGCCUUCGCCUUCCCCGGAACAAACGCGCUCCUUACUCUGUGCGCUAUGCCGGUCCUCACCAGUCCACUACCGUGGCAAUCUGCACUGGUUUUUGUACAAGUCCAAUCUUCCUGGCAGCAGCAGCACCGGAGACAUUAUUGUGUUCGACACAGAAGCCGAGUCAUUCCGCUGGAUGAGAAACCCUGCCCACAACAGCAUCAUGAACAGGUUGUUUGACAUGGAGGGCACGCCUGCUUUUCUAGGCACGUCGGCUCAUCUCAACACCGCCACCACCGCCAUGGAUGUUUGGGUGAUGCAGGACUACGAGGCUGAAACCUGGGCCUUCAGGUACCGGAUCGACGUGUCGAUGAUAGAGGCGUCACGGCUGCUUGAUUCAGCUUCUCCCAAAGAGACAAGCAAAAGGAAUCUACCACUUGAUUCAACAGUGAGAUUUCUCAGUGGGAUGACUCCGCUUAAUGAGCGCGAGCUGCUGGUCAGCUUUAAUGAUAAACAUGUCUUGCGUUGCGACACUGACGGCAAGUUCUUAGGGCUGGUGACCAUUGGUAAGAAACAGUAUUGUAUGGAGCUUACCGACCAUCGCCUCCAAGAGAGCAUUAUGCCGGUUCCGUCCAGUGAGAUGCAAGGAGAAGAUGAGGAUUUUCCAUUCUCCACAGAGCAUGACUUCUGAAGAUAGUUCGGGGUUUCUUUCUGGUUUGUUUUGCCCUUGGAGCAUCUACCUAUCCUGUAUGAGUCAUGCCUUCUGUUCUUAGCUCUUCGUAAGUAUUAUUAGUACUGCUGCUAGAACAUGUUAUUUGGGAUGGUCCCAGUAGCACCUAUGCUAUCAUCAGUUGCCGCCUAUUAUGAUGCCUUGAACACUGUUAUAAUGUGCUGAACAAGAGUAUCUAUCUAUGCUAUUAUAUAUAUCUCUA